AUGUUUCAUUGGUUGUUAGCAAGCAAAGAGACUUCCUACAAGUGGCAAAGCAAAGACGGUGCCUGGGAUCCCUCACAGACAAUGAAGAAACCAAAGCAGAACCAACUUACUCCUGUAACCAACUCAGAAGUGGCUUUGGUCAAUGCCUAUCUUGAGCAAAGACGAGCCAGGCGCCAGUCUCAGUUCAAUGAGGUGAACCAGAACCAACGUGACAGUGAUACUACGGAGUGUGGCAGUGAAGAAUCUAACUCAGAAGCCUCCUCAUGGAAGGAGAGUGAAAGUGAACACCACCCAUCACCAGACAGUAUUAAGAGGAGAAAAAUGGCUCAGAGGCAAAGGAAUCUGGGAAGUUACCAAAUGAGUGAAAGGCACUGCCUGCGCUGCAAAGCCAUGAGAACCAAUGAAUGGUUGGUGCACCAUUCCCAACAAAAGGCUUCAGUAACACCGCCAAUGAAAGGAGACAGUCCAGAGGAAAGUUCCAUAUCUGACAUUACCACGAAAUUUAGUAAAUUUUGA